AUGGGCUCCAAGAGUGCGAGAUGCAAGGCUAAGGCCAAGACCAAGAAGGACCGCAAGGGCAAGUCCACGGUUGGCAAGAAAGACGAGGUCGACGUCAAGCCAGCUCUGAGAACUGCCGACCGAGCCAAAUUCACGGAUUCUCCCUUCGACCUGUCUGCCUUCAUCUCCGACGUAGCAGAGCGGCUGGGGUGCGAGCGGAACCCGUCUGCUGGGAUGCUGAAGCUGGCGACGCUGUGCUCCGGAUUCGGCGCCCCCCGUCUGGUCCUGGAUGCCUUGCUGGGCUCCGAAUGCAUUGAUGAGAUUGCAGCCUGCGAAAUAAAUGAGGAUGCGGUUCAUGCUCUGCUGAAGAACCAGCCCCGCCCAAAGCAGCCGGGAGUGUUGCUGCGUGAUGUGCGUGCACUUGAUGCCCACGGCAAGAGCUUCGACUUCAUGUCAUCCCAGACAGGCUCCUUCCCCGACCAUCGUGCAGACCUCCUGGUCGCGGGAUGUCCGUGCCAGGCCAAUUCAGUGUUGAACAGGGUCAUCGCGAAGGUUCUUCCGCGGACCUUUGUGCUGGAAGGCAGGCCCGCCGACGAUGAGAUCCGCAAAGCGCUGGGCCAUGACUAUGUGUUCGUAUCCAUGGUGGUAGGAUCUUCGCCUGUCGUGAGAGACCGUGUGUGGACUGUCGGCAUCCACAAAGACGUUUCUGAGAGUAUGGUGAAUGUGGAGGCCGAUGUCAGAAAGGCCAUGGACGUGCCCAAGCUUACCCACAGCGCCACUACGUUCAUGCUCGAGUCCGUGCCGGCGGGCCUGCCUUCCAGAGAUCGCCCAGAUCGUCAUGAUGCCGUCCUUGCGGCUGCAGAAGCACAUCGUUACGCCGAGUGCUUCAAAACAGCUCUCUCAAAGGCCACGAAGGCAAAGCGUUUGCCGAAGAAUUUCCGAGUACCCCAGCUCGACGAGCGCCACUCCAUCAACGUCAAGGAGGGUACCGCGUGGAUGAGGGCCCAAGUGGAUGUGUGCCGUGGCUGUGAAAGGUACGGCUGCAUUGCCGGCCACCUCAUGAAGACCUCGGGAAUUGAGAAGGAGCCUCUAGCGGAUGUUGGACAGACAUGUGGCCGAGGAGCUGUGCACGUCGCAGGGUCGGCUCCCACGGUCACGACCUCAACCCGGCUUUGGAGUUUCAAGCGUGACAGGUCCCUUGCCAUGAUGGGUGAGAGUGGUGUGCUGAUUGACAGCCUGCAUUUCUUCUAA